UUCUGCCCGGACGUCCUCAUGGCCGGCCACCGGAACAAGGCCUCCUGGUCCUCCGGCCUCUGCGGCUGCUUCGACGACGUCAGCGGCUGCUGCCUGACCUUCUUCUGUCCAUGCGUUGUCUUUGGGAGGAUCGCCGAGAUUGUCGACAAGGGAGCCAUAUCGUGUUGUGCGAGUGGGACAAUGUACGUGAUGCAGGCCUUGGGGACGACGGCGAUAGGCUCCAUAUUCUACCACUGCUGCUACCGUGCCAGGCUGCGGGUGGAGCAUGGUCUGGAGGAGAAGCCAUGCGCCGACUGCUGCGUCCACACCUUCUGUGGAUACUGCGCCCUCUGCCAGGAGUACCGCGAGCUUAAGAGUCGUGGCUUCGACAUGCACGCAGGGUGGCACGCAAACAUGGAGAAGAUGGGGAAGACCGUCGCGCCCCAAAUGAACCAGGGGAUGACUCGUUAGUCGAAUGAAUGCACUACAAACAGUUACCCUCCUCUAUAUAUCCGGGCGGGGGAAGUCAACGUCGAGCUACUUGUUCAUUCUUGCUUUUUCAUCCAUAUAUGUGCUGGCGUGCUUACCCGUUGCAAGCCGUUCUCCGACCAACCAGCCACCUGACCACCUCCCACCAUGUGUCACCAUGUGUCAAGUCUAUGUUCAACUUUCAAUAAGACAUGCUAUCAUGAAAAGAGUCUUGCGUAUUUAUUAAGGAAUCUCCUAAUGGAUUUUAUAUCAUCUGGAUAUGUUGAAAGAAGCCCAAUUGUCUCAGAUUUUAUAUAGUAUUAUCAGCUAGUUUCUUAUUUCUAUCCAGUGUGUAUCAUAAGUAUUUUUUGUACC